CUCUGCCAAGGUGAGACGGCGUAGGUGAGGUUGGACAGCUGCCCCUUUGCCUGGUCCUGUCAUGCUGCCGGCCGCCGUGAGGAAGUGGUUGAAUCGGCCCAAGAGAUCAGAUCCUCGGCUGCUGGCUCAAUUUUUCUUUGCUGAUGAACGGGUGACACAAGUGGUGACAGAAAUCAUCUGCCUUGAUGUACAGGAGGACCCUCAGCACUACUUGGUGCUGCUGAAUCAGCUCCAUGCUAGCCAGGAACAGCUAUUGGCCCUGAUGGAGCAGAUAAUGGAGGAGAACCUGUCUGGUGAUCGAAGGCCUCGGGACUAUGUGGCCAAGUUCCCAGAGGAGCUGAUGGGUGUGAGCCUGGGAUCCCACAUACUCUUUGCUGCUGAGUGCCUGGUGGCUGGCUCCUUUGUGGAAGUGGACGAGAGUGCCCAACAGCUGCUCCAACCUCUAGCCCGGGACCUGCUGCUUAGCCUGGAGCAGGCUCGGGCUCUCCUUCGAGAGCAGAGUCUGGGCCGCCCUGGGCCCUGCUCUCAGUCUCUGCGUUCCGCCCUGCUUCAUUUUGACAACCUCUUUGCUGACUUUGAGUUCAACUAUGUGGCAAUGGUAGCCCCUAUGAAGUCCCCAGAGGAAUUGGAGCAACAGCAGGAGGUGGCCGUUCUUUUCUGUGAGACAGUAGCCAGGGCCCUGAAACUUGGCUACCUAACCCAAGAGAUGAUUGACAGCUACGAGCCUAGUCUCAUGAUGACCAUACCUCGCCUGGCCAUCAUCAGUGGCCUUCUCAUCCACCCUGAGGGCCCCCUGAGCCUGAGCCCACCUGAUGCUACAGCCUAUGUCUUCAGUCCCUUUCGAAGCCUUUUGCAGAAGAUUCAAGCCCUCUUGGUUGUUUUAUCAGCUGACGAGCUCUUCAUACUUGAACGGAGCCUGUGUAUGGCAGAUGCCCCCUCGGAGCCCAUGGACAAUCCCAGACAAGAGAGAUCAGUGUCUAACGCUUCUUGUCAGACUAGGGUUAGGACCCCACAACCUGCCCUGCAUCUGCCCUUCAAGCAGGAUCCAGCCCCUGGCUGUCCAGAUCAGGGCUUAAGAGCAUCAAGGGAGAGUCUGGGAACUAAGCCAGGUACCUCCUUCUCAUGGAUGGACUCUGGAGAUGCUCCCUGCCCCCUGCCCUUGGACAGGCCAGCACCCACUGGAGCUGGGUCCCCUGGCACUGUCCAGCAUUCAAGGGAACCAGGGAAGCAAGAGCCCAGAAGAUACGGUGCCCACCAACAUGUUGGGCAGGACGAGCCAGUGACUGCCAGGUAA